GUGCGCGCGCGCUCUCGCGCGCCGGCGCUCUGUUUGUGAGGCAGCUAGUUGCGUGCGAAGGGCUCGACAUGUCAUUCAAAGGAAUCCGCCACCUGAAACGCGAGGAAGCCAAGGCGACUGAAUUGGGUAUAAAGAAUCCGCAACAUCUGCUGCGAGCAGAGCGAAGCUGAUGAAAACAUCAGCUCGGAGCUCACCAGGACCUCUCCGCUUUAUUUUAAUUUCCCUCUUGGAUUUAUUACUGGAGCCGGUGCACCCCUGUGAGACGCAUCCCUUUAACACAUUUAACGUGGACGUGACUCUAAAGCCAACCGUAUACUGGAUUUAAUCCGCAGAUAUUCUGGCGCACCUGUUACCUCCGAGGAGCGCAGGAUCAUGAUCCCUCCGGGAGACUGCAUGUACGCGGGCAGAAAGAGGAGGAAACCCAUCCAGAAACAGAAGCCAUCCUCUGCCAAUGAGAAAAGCAACCCAUCCAAGCGGCACCGGGACAGGCUCAACGCAGAGCUGGACCGGCUGGCCAGCCUGCUGCCGUUCCCGCCGGACGUCAUCUCCAAACUGGACAAGCUGUCAGUGCUGCGUCUCGCUGUCUCCUACCUCCGUGUCAAGAGCUUCUUCCAAGCGAGUCAAGACAAGACUUCCAGGAAGCACAUCACCAGCACAGCAUCCUCUAACCCUGAACCCAGGAAAGAGAACCUUCCACUAGGCGCCACCAUCAACGAAAGCAGCCUCCUCCUGGAAUCUUUGACAGGCUUUGCCUUGGUGGUGAACAAUGAUGGGAUGGUUUUCUACGCUUCCUCAACCAUUGUGGAUUAUCUUGGAUUUCAUCAGACUGACGUGAUGCACCAAAACAUCUUUGACUACAUCCACAUAGACGACCGUCAGGAGUUCAGACGCCAGCUUCACUGGUCCAUGUGUCCUCCACAAUACCAGGGGACAUCUGGUCAACAGGACAAUCAGAUUACUGCAGGAACCAGUGAGGACUUUGUGGUGAACAGUGUGUUCAACUCUCCAGAGGCAGGAGGAAUUCCUCCUGAGCUCUCCUGCUUUCUCAACAGAUGCUUCGUAGCCAGGGUGCGAUGUCUAUUGGACAGUACCUCUGGUUUCCUGACUAUGCAGUUCCAAGGUCGGUUAAAGUUCCUCCAUGGGCAAAAGAAGAAGUCCCCCUCUGGUACAUCGACGCCUCCCCAACUGGCUCUUUUCUGCAUAGCUGUGCCUCUCUUACUGCCCUCCAUCGCUGAGAUGAAAGUGAAAAAUAUCUUAAUGCGGGGAAAGAACAAGGGAGGAGGGAUUAUGUCUGCAAUGGAGCAUGGUGAGCAUGGGGAACACCUGAGAAGGCACUCCGUCAAUGGUGGGAUGGGGGACAUCACAGACCCCAUCCUGUUUUCCCAUCCAGGAGCUUCGCAGCGAGGUCACCACACUCCCUGGACCCCAAUCUGCAAAGAAAACCUCAAGUACCACUCUGAUGGCUACUACAACCAGGAGGAGCCCCUCAAUUACUGCAAGUCCUCCAUGGCUGUCCAUAAAGGUGUAGGGGGUGGCAUGGGUGGUGGGUGGCACAUGAGGCAGCACUCAGGUCCCAUCAGAGCAGCCCAGGGAGUUGGAUACCACACCUCGAAUCGCCUGAAUAGAACUGGCCAGUACGAGAAGACUUAUCGCCGUUCUCCGAGCUGUCACGGUGGACGAGGGGAUGAGGUGUUUGUUUCCAAGCUCUAUGGGAACGUCCAGAUUCCAGCAGACCCUGAUGCUUACUGUGUGGACCUGGUGAAGAGUGAGAACGACUAUGGAGAGUGCUACAAUGCCCAUUUGAUGCCAGAUGUGCAACCCAUCAAGGUGGAGCAUGACUCGGACUCUGACAACGGGUGUGACGCAUACGGGCAAACUUGGGCUUGUCGUGACCAAGUUUCCAUCGACCGUCACUAUGGUAACGGGAUGUAUGAUCCAAGCUCUGGCUUGCAACUGAAAUCAGAGACCAAUUAUUAUGAUGCUCAGUACUCACCUUGUCAGCGAGGUAAAGCAGGAAUUAGCCCCCCAUACAACAGUGGCACCUAUCCAAACUAUGCAAUCAACAACAACGUAGGCAACGCCGCGCGCCUGCUAAAAGGCGAUAAAGACAUGGGCAACAACAGUGACUCCAGCCAGUACAGUCCUCAGAAACUCUCCCACUCAGACUCUCUAUGCAACAAUCAAUCUACCAACCUCAUGGACUCAAACGUAUACUCUCACAAGGCCUACAUGCACCUGGACUACAACAAGCAUGGCACUUAUGAGUUCAAAGGUCAGGGUCUGAUCCAUUCAAUCAAGCGGGAGCCCAUGGACUCCCCUCCCUGGUCUGGGAAUGGUCACGACCUAAACCGGUCCAUGCUGGUGGGCUCCAGGAACGUUAUGCCGUGUGGGAUGAGCACAGGCCACCACAAACCCAGUCCUUACAUUUAUAUGCAGUAAAAAUGUUUGGUGCACUAUGAAGCAGCACUUACCUACCUGCUCUCUCUCUCUCUCUCUCUCUCUCUCUCUCACACACACACACACACACACACACACACACACACACACACACACACACACACACACACACACACACACACACACACACACACACACACACACACACACACACACACACACACACACACACAGGGGCGUGUCCAGAUCUUUUAAAAUGGGGUGGCCCAGGUGAGGCACAACUUUGUGCAUGGGUGGCACCAAUGAUUAUGCUUUUUUUUUUUGUUUUACCCCCAAGCCUUUUGUGGACAAUGAAAAGCCUAUUUAAAGGUAAAUUAGUGUGGUGGCACCUAGGGGUGGCCAAGCAGAUUCCAAGGGUGGCAUGUGCUACCCCGGGCCACUCCCUGGACACGCCCCUGUUCAUACAAACAAAGUUGUGUAUUAAAAUCGAUUGCUUCACCUUUUCGUGAACACGUACCAGCAUCACAAGAGAAGUUUUUUUAUAUUUAAUGAAGAUGUUUCUCACAAGGCUCAGGUUUAAGCGUCAGUGUUGACAAUCAGAAAAAAAGGUUACUUUUAGUUUAUUUUAUCGAUCCCUUGUUUUUGAGGUACACAUUUUAUUGAUUCCAAGCACUUUUGCAUUUAUAGACAAUGUGACAAAAGUCUUUUUUUUUGGUUUUGCAUGUAUGUGCACAUCAGGCUGUCGAGGUAAAAUAGCUAUAAAAAGAUUUUUUGAGCACAGAAGACUCCACUGUUAACUUCAUUCAGUUUAGGUAGAUGAUUAGGAAAACAUGCGUAUAGGAGGCAGAGAUGUACUCAAAGGCUGGCGUGUUUCAUAUCUGUUCCGUUUACUUCUUUUUGUGCAAAUGACUAAAACAUUUGAUGCUGCAUAAAAUGUAAAAUAUAAAAUGCAAUGAUGUACAAUGCAAUUGGAUCUUAAAUUUUACUGGAAAAUGAUGACGAGAAAACAAAGCAACAAAAGGCAGCAAAGCUGUGAAGCUGUUGCGUUAGAACCUCUGAGCCUAAAAUAUGAGUUUCUGAAACACUGCCACAUUGUUUUAGCCCAAACUCAUUUUAAGGACCAGAGUUGCUGGAAAACUGCACAUCUGUAAAGAUCCAUUUAAAGCUGAAUGAUACAAACAGGCAUCAGAGCAUCACAUUCUGCCAUCAAGAUGAUCUCUUCUUCAGAGAAAGCCUUGCUUGAUAAUUCUGCAUGUUUUAGGACAGACCUGUCAUCUUAUCAUCAAACAGCAACUGAGAAAACAUUCUGCCUUUAAAAUAAGAGUACAAAAACAGAACAGUAAACAAAACUUCAUUCAUAAUUGAAAAUGGUACGAAACUUCACAUUAUCUUUGCAUAAGAGGUCACUAGAUUAAACUAAUUCUAAGGUUUUGGUUAAAGCUCCUAUAGCAAAUGUACAGAACAGGCUAGGUUUUGAAAGCAAACACGAUGACGGAACACUGACCCCUCCUCUCGGGUAUCUUCCCUAAGACGCGUCCACCAGAACCAGAAGCCCACGACAAAACGAAACAGUGCUAACACCAGUCACUGUUUUCUACGUCCAAACGUCUUUUGUUGUCCGUGACUUCAAACGGUGAUUUUCUUUUUGGGACUCUGGUAGUUUGUCCUAAAGCUGAAGUGGUAGCAGCCGGCUGUUUCUCCUUCUCUUUUAUUGACAGUGGCAUUCUGUUGCUAAAUGCGUGAGUGUGUAAUGAGUGGAAGACCCAGGGAAGUGAGGUGUCUCAGGAGACAGACGACUGGAUGGGUCAGUAGUUGCUUUUGGUCUGAAAUGUGUUAUUGGCGCGGUUUUUUAGUUAAAUGCGAGAGAGCCAAUACAUUUGUUUAUUUUUCAUUUUUUUAAAUCUCCAAAAUAUAUGUAUAGCUAAAUAUAGCUAUACUAUGUUGGAACGUUGUUAAGAGGCAUAAAAAAAUUGAAGCUAAUUUGUUUUCCACAUUUGCUGUAGCAGCUUUAAUGUUCAUCAUUGCAUUCUGUUUUUAUUUGUAGUUAUGCAUGUCGAUUUUUUAGAUACCAGAGUUGUAAUUACUCUUUUUAUGUCACAGCAUCUGGUAAUGUGUGAAUGGAAAUGGAAAAAAAAAAAAACUUUCUAUGCAUUAUGGACUCAAAUCAUUCAGUUUGCACAGACAUAAAACUUAUGUGCAGUUUAAACACCAAAGUAGCAAGAUGAUACAUUAUCUGAGUUUUUACUGUUGAUGUGUUGAAGUACACCUUUCAUCCAGAACUAAGAGAGAAUUAAAACCACGUCGUCUGUUUUUCAGUAUGUUUUGUGUUUAUGUUCGGACACACAUUUUUCUUUUCACAUGGCUGUUUAUAAAUACGACAUAUAUCACUACACAACAUUUAGAGGAUUUGAUGCAAAAACAUUUGCAAAAGUGUCUUCAGAGUCUAAUUUAAACAUUUAAUUGGUAGGUCCCAUUUAAAAUGUGUUUAUUAACUCAUAACAACGUUGUUACAAGGGAAGAGAUGUGGGUUCAAAAAGUAAGUAAACUAACCUCAGUCAUAAAUCUGAGUCCAUGAGUCCACUUUUACUUAAAGUCAGAUUUUAGAAAGAUUUAGACAUUUUUUUAACUUGUCAUAACUAUUAUUUAAAUCAACAGGAUAAACUGAAUAGUUCCUGCACCAGUCGGAUUGUAACAAUUGUAAACUGAAGGUCAGCAGAAGCAAAAUAAAAGUGAUAUUUUUCUAUCUUUUAACUUUAUUUCCUCCUUCUAAAGCACAAUUUUUAAUUUUAAUGUUAUUUUUAACUGUAGAACUUAAAUUUUGCAUUUUGUUCUCAGUGUAGCCUCGCAUCUCUGAAAAAUUUCCUUCAGAAUUAAAGUAUCCUAUUUCAUAUUGUCUUUUAAGUCCAGAAUAAUCAGAUUUUGUUUGUUUUUUGCAUCAGUAUUUUUGCACAUAUUGAUUAAAAGUACCAAAUUGAUUUAAUAACAGGUCUCAGCUCUGAGGAACUACAGUGGUAGUUUCUUUAUUGCACUACUGGGAAUAGUUUCAUUUGAAGUUCAGCCUACCUAGAAACGUUGCGUCAACACGCACAAAUGUAGACAAUAUCACUGUUGUGGAUUUAUCCUUUUAUUCUUGUGUACACUCAUGGAAAUACAUGCUUGACUCUUUGUAUUUAUUGUAAAAGGCAAAUGUGUCUAAUUUUAAGACUACAAAUUUGAAGGCUUUGUUCAUUAUUGGAAAAUGACGCUUUUUUUCUUUUCUAUAUAUUUUUUGUUGGUCAUUUGUGCUGAUGUCACUGAGGAUUUUGCUGAAAAGUUGUGAACAGAGUGUACAUAUACAGAGUCUUCCAAUGUUUUUGCAAAUGGAACUAUUGUCUAUUAAAGAUCUCUCUUUAUAUGGAAA